AGAUUUCUGGUUGCAGCAACAGACAUUAUAGAUCAACAUCUUGUUUGUGAAGGAAUAUUUCGUAAAUCCGGUUCUCUCAAUCGACAGAAAGAAUUAAGGGUAAGUGUAUUUUAUUCUUUAUGCAGUAUGAAGAAAAAAGUUAUGGAAUGCUUUUUUAAAGUGUUUUAAAAAGAUUUAGUUCAUCUAUUUGUGGUAAGCAACUUUUUAAAAAAAAGUGGGGGGAUGGUUAUAUAGAUAUUAUUUUUUAACCAUAACAGAUUACAUUGCUUAAAUUGCUUGGUUAUCAAUCUAAUGAAUACUUAUUGGACUAAAAAUUAAUGUAAUUUCAGCUAGCUAUUGAUGAAAAGAAACCUCUUGAUGGAGCGAAUGUUUUUGAUUUGGCUGCAUUAAUAAAGCAAUUUUUUCGGGAGCUGCCAGAACCCUUAUUUAUCACCGCUUACCAUGAUUCUUUUAUUAAGUGCUAUCAACUUCCACCUGAUAAAGAUCCAGUAAGUUUCUGUUUUAAGAUCUAUUAUUUUAAAGUAAUUGAAGUUUGAUCUUUUUGUCAAGAUAUCUAAAGAGAUUAAAAAAAUUGUUAUGAAAAAUGUGACCUUAAGCAUUUGGAACACAUUUCAUUGUGCUUUUAAAAGUUUUGAGUACCAGCCAUCAGGCAAUUAUCAUCUUCAUUAAGAAUCAGGCAAUUAUCAUCUCAUUAGUAAUUUGGUAAUGAUCAUCUUCAUUAUUCAUUCAGAAAAAACAUUGCAUUGAAUUUUUAAAAGUUUUCUGUAACAGUAAUCAGGCAAUUAUCAUCUAUUCUAGUAAUUUGGCAAUUAUCAUCUUCAUUGUUCAUUCAGAAAAAAACAUUUCAUUGAGUUUUUAAAAGUUUUCUGUAAUUGUAAUCAGGCAAUUGUCAUCAAUUCUAGUAAUCAGGCAAUUGUCAUCAAUUCUAGUAAUCAGGCAAUUAUCAUCCUCAUUUGUUAAUUUAAAAAAAUAACAUUUCAUUGCCUUUGAUGCAAUUUUUUUCUACAGUUGACUUUGUCAUGUGGGAAGUUAUAAAGUCAUAAUAUUCCAGCUUUUGAUUUUUAAAUCAAUUUGGAUGCCUUGUAAUGGCCAGUAAUUUUUUCUAAAAAUCCAUUCAGUUUUUAUGAAGCCAUAAUAUUCCAACAGCUGAAUGGAUUUUUAGAAAACAUUACUGGCCAUUGCAAGGCAUGCCCAUAGAUUUAAAAAUCAAAUGACUUAGUUCAUAAAGUUAAUAAUAGAAAAAUCCUUAUUUAUUUCUACCAAUUUCUUUAGAAAAAGGCCCUGCUUCAGAUGUGCUUGCUUUUGCCCAUUGAAAAUAUCGGAACUCUGAGGUUCACCAUGCACAUGUUGAGUCGAGUGGCAUCAAAGUGUGAGAACAACAAGAUGACUGCCAACAACCUGGCCUUAGUGCUGGCACCCAACCUGAUGCACAACAACAAAGGCGGCCAGAAGAUGAGUUCCACGGAGGAGAAGCUGCUCCAUAUUCAGACGUGCAUUGUUGAGCUUCUCAUUAAAAACUGGGAACUCAUCGGCCUGGUCAGUCCUUCCUUACAACAACAGGUCUGUAUGAUAUUUAGAUUAUAGAGAUUAGUGCUACUAAAGAUUGUAGUUUAUUGUUUUGUUUUCCCCCCUGUUACUAGUCAUUAACCAGAAUUAAAUGUUUCAAUAACAAGUGCUAGUAGAAUUCACUCACAUAAUGUGGACAGAAGUUUCUCUGCCUUUUCACCUAAUAUUACUCUUGUAAAAUGUAAGAGGUUGUCAGUUUUUAAUUCUCUACAUUUCUUACUUAUUUUGAAAGUCUAUAUUCAUAUUUUCUUGAUUUACUUGUCCACUUUUACUUAGACUUUUAAAGCUGGCUGUUUCAACAUAACUAGAGACUCUGGAGUAAGUGCAGAUGCCAACUAAAACUAACCUCCACUUUAACUUAUGUUGUCUGUAAAAUGUAUAUUAGGAACAUGUGUAACAGUUGGUGUUGAAACAGAAUCAUUGAACCGGAACUCUUGUGGUGCUUUUUAUCCAUUUGAACUAUGGAAAAAGUUUUUAUAACAAUAUGCAGUGGCGUAGCGCGGGGGGGGGGGGGGGGGGGGCCCGCACGGGUGACACCUUUUUAGGGGUGACACCCAAUGAAAACAUUGAGUAUUUACAGAGCACACACUGCUCUUUUUAGAGGUGACACCCAAUUGAAACAUUGAGUAUUUACAGAGCACACACUGCUCUGUCUGACCGAGAUUCAUAAAAGGAUAACCAAUCACACAUACAUACUUCACAAAUGUAACCAAUCCAAAUGCGUGCUUUAUUAAAAGUUUAAGUUUGAUGCGUCAGAAAUGAGAUGACCCUAUGUUUAGGUCAGAACAACACUGUCAAUAUUCCACGCCGAUUGAAGUUUUGGUAACUUCCGUAAGUGACAGGAGGCUAUAUUUAUCUAAAUUCUGAGAAAUAGGGCUUUCCAUUGAUACCAAAUACAGUGUGGUCGAUUUUAAGUGUAAGAAUUGGUAAGCAUUGGUAAAAUUUAAAAACAUUAAAAAUGAAUUUUUAACCAUUUAUAGGGUUAAAAAAAUAUGUUAUUUUACACAAUUUUCAAUCUUUUAAUGAUUAAUUCUUAUUUAUUUAAAUAAAGAAAAGAAUUUUGAAGACAUAAUAGUAUAUAAUAUUAUAUAUUGAAAUCCAGAAUUGCUCAAAAAUUAAUACCCCCCCCCCCCCCCCCCCCAAAAAAAAAAAAAAAUUUCUAAAAAAUAAAAAUAAAUAAAAUUAUUUAUUAAGAACCAGAAAUCCUCAAAAAAUAAUCCCCCCCCCCCCCCCCCCCAUUCGUCUCUAGUAUCGCCCCAUAUCAUUUGAUCACGAUUGUCAUAUUUUGACUGCUGGGUUUUACCUGCUACCUUUCUGUAUUGUAUUUUGGAUAGUUCUCUGACUGUUGUUUUUUAAAUGUCGUCAGUAGACUAAUUAUUUUGUUUGUUGUCUUGAACAUGACAAAAUUAAAGCAUUUUUAUUGUUCAAGAUUAUUAUAUAGUGCGGCACGGCGGGCACAAAUCUAGCUUGGCUGUCAGCAGUGAAAAGCAAAAAAGAAAAUACACAACUCAAUGAAAUCACUACCAGAAUACAUGCUUUGAUAUCAAGAAUCCAAAUGAUGACCAGGGUCAAUGUUCAUCAAAAACUUUCCUCAGCCUGAUAUUCUCCCGAUAUCAGCAUCAUGCAUUCUUUUUAGCAAAUAGUGGAGAAAAUUUUCGUUCUGAAAUUAUUCAAAUAUGGAGUACCUCGUUUCAGAACAAGUACGGAUUAUUCAGCGUAGUGACAAAGCAAAAUGCGAAAUCUAAAGGAGGUUUUUUUGCCCACUAACAAAACAAUGGAUUUGUGGUCGUGGAUGAUUUAUUCACUCGUCAGUCAGAAAUUGUAUUGUUUUUGCAGCAGAUUGAUGCUGUUAAUGUUACAGAAACAACAUCCAAAUUUGUUACUGGCUAGUAUCUCUUCCAAUACUCUCGAUAAGCCUUUAAUUUUUUUGCACAAAAUAUGUGUAUGUGGUUUCAUGUGAGCGAAGCUUUUCAAAACUAAGUCUUAUCAAGAAAUAUUUAUGAUCCACCAUGGGACAGUCUAGGCCAGGGGUAGGAAACCAUGGCUUGCGAGCCAGAUGUGGCUCUAUUGAUGGCUGCAUCUGGCUCGCAGACAAAUGUAUGUUUAAAAAAAAGUAGCAUUAAUGGUAAGAAAUACUCAUUAGCAACAGCAUAACAAUGUUAUUAAAAAGAAUUCAGAGACAUAAUUAUUGCAUUUUUAGUGUUGAAAUUACACAAAAUGCACACAUUUACUUGAAUUUUUAGUUUUAAACAUAAUGCAUGGCUCUCACAGAAUUACUUUUCAAAAUAUGUGGUGUUCAUGGCUCUCUCAGACAAAAAGGUUCCCGACCCCUGGUCUAGGCUUUCUGAUGUUGCUCUGGUAUCAAUUGAAAGUGAUACAGUGAAUUACAUUGAUUUUGAUCAAGUCAUUGACAGGUUUGCAGCUUUGAAGACAAGGAAAGGCACAUUUUUAAUAAAGUAAAUUUAAUGUAAAAAUAACUAUAACUUAAAAAUAUUAUAGUUUUUAAAUACCUUGACCUCGUGACCUUCGAUUUAUGUGUUUUUGUUCUUGUCAUUGUUACACUGUGGACUUAUUUUAACUAGAAUAAAUCCAUCAUGGAUGUUUGGGGGCUGGGGUGACACCCUGAGUUUACCGCACCGGGUGACACCAACCCUAGCUACGCCACUGACAAUAUGAACAAGUGCAACAUAUGUCAAUAAAUGUUCCAGACUUAAUCAAAUAACAAAAUAAUUCUUUCAUUUUGAUGUAAGAGAAUUUAAAAAUGUGAUGUUGUUACCUACAAUGAUUGGGUGUGUGCCUGCUCAGCUAGUUUUGAAUAAAUAUGUUAAAAUUUUUUUUAAGUUUUCAAAUUUAGUAGAGUUUGUUGUUGUUUGUCAGUCUGGAAUCGACCAUGACCACUUUAAUCAUCAGAUUUGUGCUAGUUCUGUUUGAGUGCACAGAUGGCUAAUGAGGCCGAUUCUGGCACAAAAUAGUAGAGUUUACUGCACGUCUGAAAAAUCUUCACAAUUUUUAAAUGUUUAAGAUUGCAUGAGAUAAGACAUAAUUUAAAGAAAUGUGCUUGAAGAAUGUUGUGUGUUGUGAUUAACAAAAGUAACAGCAUGCUUAAAUCUUAUAUCAUUUGUAAGAUACUUGUGAGGGGAGUUUAAUUAAAUUUUUGAGAAUAUAAGCUCAAGAUGGGUCACUUUCUCUAACAUAUGUUUAUUUAGUAUGUACAUAUGUGUAUUUAUUGAUUGAGACUAAGGUUUUGGAAAUACUUUGCUAGAAUUGGCUACAUGUGCUUUGUUUAUAUUUGCAGUAACUAAUUAUGGGAAUGAGAAGCUGCUGAUUAUGUACAAAGUCUUUGUGAUGAACCAUUUAUUAAGAGAAGAUUUUUAUGAAGACAUGUCCUAACCAUGGUUCUUUACUUUAACAUGUUUUUUUUAGCAAAAAAAAAAAAAAAAAGUGGGUUAAUUUGUAGAUGUUGUAAUACCUAAUGUAUGUUUUCCGAACAUUUGUAACAGGUAACUUUGAUGUCUGAGUGUUUUGCCACGGAUGAUGACCUAAUACAAAGUCUUUGUGAUGAACCAUUUAUUAAGAGAAGAUUUUUAUGAAGACAUGUCCUAACCAUGGUUCUUUACUUUAACAUGUUUUCUUUAGCAAAAAAAAAAAAAAAGUGGGUUAAUUUGUAGAUGUUGUAAUACCUAAUGUAUGUUUUCCGAACAUUUGUAACAGGUAACUUUGAUGUCUGAGUGUUUUGCCACGGAUGAUGACCUAGACGCAAGUGAUGAAAAUACUUUGGAAGAAUCAAAGGAUGUGACCCAUAAAAAGAUUAGGAAAAGGAGUGGCUCACUGACAGGUAUGCUUUCUGUUAUCAAUCAAACAAGAUCGUUUUUUAAAAAAGAAACGAAGUGGCUAUUCGGACCCGGGUCCCUUUAGACUAAAUGCUAUUCGGAUGUCUUUUGUGGCAGUUUAUUUUAGUUAAACUCAAGAAGUAAGUUUACAAACAUAAAGUGCAUUCAAUAACAGACCUGUUUACUCUUAAAAUCGUACACUAUCAUCACAAACUCGUUCAAUACAUUAACUAAAUAGUAAAAAAAUAAACAUACAAUAUAUAUAAUAUAUACACCUCAAAAUGGUACAUUGUACGCCAAAUCGUAAGAGUAAACAGAUCUGCAAUUAUCUUUUAUUUGAUACCAAGUUUUGUCUUACAAACCCAACAAUAAUAUUUUUUAAUAAACCCAAGACCCAACCUUUCACUCUUGAAUCCCGGGUCCAAACAGCUGCAGCCAUUAAAAAUGCCUUUGAACAUGGAAUGUUGAAUGUUAAUGUGCCAAGCUGUAUAAAACAUUCUAUGCCAGUUAAUGUCUUCUAUGUAUCUCGGUAUUGUAAAGUACAUGUUAAAGCACAUCUUCCUAGAAACUAACUUACCUCAAUACGGCAGGCUUCACUACUGAUGUUAUUACUCUUAAGAAAAGGCAAUUUCUGCAACUGCUUCAGUAGUCACAUUUUCAACCAAAUCAAAUGUCUACACAUCUAUUUGUGGCUUUUAAUUACCUAGUUGCAAUCAGCUUAAUAUUGUAACAGUUUUACAACAAAAAAAUCUCCAAAAAUAUCUUCCAAAUAUUUUCUGCAAAAUUUUAUCUGCAUUAAAGCAAAACUAUCUCUCAUUUUAUAAAAAAAAUGCAUGAUUUUAGUUAUGGAACCCCAUGGCACAAUGGUAACGUUGCCUGCCACUCAACCAGACUUUACUCAGGUGUUGUUCCCAGCAUCCGUUAAAUAUUCUGGUGGAAUUGACUUGUUUCCAAGUAAUACUGCCAUUCUUGGGGACUAGGUGGAGCUCUGAAUUAAACACCUCAGUCACACUAGUUGGAUGACAGCGCAGCCGUGGCUUGAGAUUAAAAAUAUUUUUCUGUUCAGCUCGGUUAAACUGGCUGUAUUAAAUCUGAAAAGAAUAAAUUAACCCAAAAAAAAUUUUGAAAAAAAAACUACUGGUAACUACUUCUUUUGUUGUAUGAAUCUUUUCAGUUAAAACAUGCUUUUUUGUAUGCUUCUCAUUAAAAUCAAUAUUUUGUAUAAAAAAUAAACAGGACUUGUAAGCUCCAUUGCUCAAGGAUUUGCCAAGUUACGGCGCAGUACAGAUGGAAAAAACAUUAAUGUGUCUGCAAACAGUUCAUGUCGGGGGGAAAUGUCCAUAGCCUCCAAUAGCUCAGCCAGUCAGAGUGAGGAAAUGUCUCUAAACCCUGUUACCCCAUGUGUCAUGAGAAAGAGAAGAGCUUCAGGAGAUAAUGUACCAUUUUCUGCCUCUAAAAAGUAAGUUUUAAAAUAGCAUUGAAUCUGAUACCUAUAAGAUGGCCUUAAAUUAUAUUUGUAUUUGUAAGAAAAUUUAGGUAAUAUAUUUGAAGUAGUCCAUGAUCAAUACUUGAUUUUCCAUAGUUUAUCAUUGCCUCCCUCACAUCUGUAUCCUUGUCACUUCAGCCCUUGUAGCCCUUAGGUUAGAACUGGGGUCAGAAACCAUUUUUAAGUGAGGAGCAAAUUUUAUAAAUAUAUAAAUAUUUUUGGAGCCACAGGGUGGGGCAGAUGUCAUUAAAAAUCUGAAUUAAAAAAAAAGAGCUUUAUCUUCAGAGAGCUGCAGGUUGCCGACUACUGUUUUUUUAGCCUUAGUUCGAGAUCUCCUCAUUUUUCAAAUGAAGCCUGAUUUUUCCAUUAACUUAAUGGUUUUUAAAAGAAAAUGCUAUGGACCAAUUAUUUUAACCCUGUUUUUCCAGAUCAAUUUUUUUUUAUUGGGACCCUAAUCUUCAGUAAAAAAAAUUUAUUUAACUAUAAAAAAAAAAUCCUCCCAAACACAAUGAGUAAGCAAAAUAAAAAAAAGAUAAAGAGCAUGGCUGGCUGGGCAGUGAGACCCCAGUUCAAACAGCCUGUGCUACAGAACGUAAACUGACACCAGCAAUAAUUUAACAAUCAAUUUGAUGACUUUUAAAACUGUUUACAGGCAAGCCAUACUUGGUAACCUGCCACAGAGAUCCGCUUUAGCCUCGACCCCGUUCACACCUGCUUCAACUAUCAAGAGGGGAAGUCACAGGGCACAUGGUAUAAUUAAUUAAGGCCGUAAAAAUUUAAAAAAAUUGGGUUCAUCUGCUUUUUUAGCCAAAAUAAUUCAAAAAGAGUUUGAAAAUAAAUAAUUAUUUAUUAAUUAUAAGAUAAAUUAUUUUUGCUAAAAUUAUAACCCAUGUUAUGAAAAAGAACCAGUGGAAAAAGUAUUAGCAUAAAUUUGUAAAUGUUUUCAGACACCAAUGUACCAAGCACGCCGCUUCUCAAUGCAACUACGCCCGCAAUGGGAACAAAACCUGCCCGUAAGAAGUUGAGUCUCUUUACGUCACCAACCAGCAACAAGAAAAUAAAGAGGUGAGUAGAGUCAUUUGGCUGGGAAUCAACAGCAUGUUUUUUUUAAUAUGGGGACCGAGGGGGGGAGGUCUCAUUGAGAUUUUACAGAUGUGUAAGGUAUCCAAACAAAUGCACAUUCUCAGAUGUGAUUCUAGGAUUUGGGGGGGAUUUCAGAUCAUUUGUUCAAUAGUGGUAAAGUUAUUAUAGUCUGAACCUUUUCAUUAGCACAUUUAAUUAUUGGGUGAAUUAGAAUUAGAAAAGAAACAAAAUUUUAUUGAAAUAUGAAUGAAUUGAUUGUUCUUAAAUUUUUAAGUUAAAUCUCAAUUUUUUUUUUUUGGGAGGGUUGUUAAUUUAUGUAUUAUUAGCUUCAUGACCAAUGUGGUGUCUUAAUAGAUUGGUAGCAAAAUGUCUGUUUGCUGCAAUUCUAGGAAAGACAAAUUCUUUGAAAGAUAAAGUUUAAGCAUUGUCUCACUAAAGAUUUUUCUCUGGUUUUCUGUCUAGACAAUCUUCAGCAGCUGCCAGUGUUGAACCGCCAACAAUGCGAAAUAAAUCCUCUAAGAGUAAAAGUAUAUUUAAAAGACUAAGUGGAAGCCGUUCUGAGAAGGUAGCACUUUUAUGUGAAAGAUGAAUUUAUUAAAAUAUUAAAUAUAGUGUACAGCUUGACUUAGACAUAUAAAAAUAGCCUUACCAUGUGCACUCUAAAAAAUCUAUUUUGCUAUAUUUAUGAAUCGUUCCCAAACUUAAUUUAUUGUACCUUUUUGCUUUCUAUAGUUACUGUGAGUUCAUGGUACACAAAUCUUAAAUUGAAUUUCCAUCUGUAGCUAACUUAUUUAAAUUUUUUUUUAAAGUUCAAAUUGGUGCUUUUAAAUUUUGUUGUUUGUUAUAUUGAUGUUAAAUCAAACAUAAAAUAACUAUCUAUAAACAAAUAAGCAUUCAAAAAUAAGCUUGUAAUCAACAAGUUAUUUUAAACAUAAUUUUGGGAAUCUUAUUUUACAGCUCCAUGAAGAAACACAAGCAGCUGAACAUAUUGGAGAACGUCUGGCUUUCUCUGUCCAUGCAUCACCAAGAAGCACAGUGUCUGAUUCUGUGCUCUAUGACCAAUCUGGCAAUCUUCUUCGAAGCAUGUCAUCGCCAACCAUCCAAGAUGCAGAAGAUUUUUCUGUCAAUGUUGUGGAUGACUCUAUUUCCUUUGACAAAGAUUUGAAUCAUGACCUGGAGACUCCUAAUGAUGAAACCAACUCUAUGCAGGGGCAAGUCUUUAGCAAGUCAGUGACUGCACCAAAUAAGAUUACCAUACCAGGGCGCUCCAAAUCUGUGGACAGUCCUGGUCUGAGGAGAGGUCAUCCCAACACUGUCAAUAAUGGACUGUUGAAGUUGGAGAUGGGCACGACACCAAAACACAAGGGCAAACUUAACAAGUCGCUGAUCAGUGAACCAUGUCCUGUGAUUGUACCCAUCGUGCCGAACCCAGUGGACAUCAGGCCUGACAGUGAGCUGAGACGCAGCAGGAGGGAUGAGUUUGAAAGGGAGAAGAUGAGACUACUCAAAAAUGGGAGACAAGUGUUGACACCACCAGGUGAUGUUCUUAUGCAUGAUAGGGCGCAUGAGAACAAGACAUCUCAGUUAGAGAGCAGUUUAUUGGAAGUUGUUUUGCCCCCGCCUCCUGGUUUCGGUGAUCAAACCAUGAUUGAAGUUGAUGUUGAAAACCAAGAGGAAGAUGAAGAAAUAGAUGUCGGUUCAGAUUUAGAGUCAGAGGCUGGAUUUUCGACCAUCUCAGGAGGCACAGUGAUGAGGAGAACAGAAUCAGGCAAUUAUUCACGACACAGCACUCAGACCAUGUCCACGUCCACCCUGGCAAGCUCUGCAUCCUGUGAGCUUAGUAUGAAAGCUCCCAAGCCCACACUACAGCCAUCCGUCAGUGUUGACAGUCUUCUCUCCAUUGAAAGCAUAGUUUCACAGGAUAGUUCUGUGUCCCACCUUGGCUUGAGUCUGUCCUAUGACAGUGGUAAAGGAUCUCUUGCUGGGGAAAUGGCUGAUGAUAUGGGGACAUCUACAAACUCUAACAGACAUUUUGGGACCUCAGUCAGAGCCAAGCCAGGCAAUAACAAACACAGUGAGGAUCAAGUCAUUCUCAGGCACCAAAGAUGUGAACCAAUGCAAGUAAGUGGUAAUCAAUCUUAUUCAAAGCUAGAAGAAAGUAGAGGCUUGAAAAUGCUUUGUGAAAACUACACGUCUAUGUCAGAGGAGGAUGAUUCUUCUGAAAUUAAAGGUGUCUGUAAUAUUUCGUUGGGUUCCCACCAACAAGAUUUCGACAACAUGCCCAGGAAGACGGACGUUUCCAGGAAGAAGUCAGUGUCGUCAGAAGAUCUGAAGUCUGCUCAAAACAGAUUGAAAGUUCCUGUCAGAGCUCACAGCAUGUACGUAUCUCCAUGUAAAAAAAUCAACUUCAAGCCACACCUGGAGAUCACCAGACAGACACACAAUAUGCUGGCCAGGGCUGGUUACUUCAAGCCAUCUGAAGACAAAUCAAAUAAUAAGGAUAUCAUUGUGCCCGUCAAGUCCCCCAAACGCUCACUCCACAGAGAGGAGAUGAUGAACUCACUGAGGUCAAGUUUUCAUGAGAGACACGGUCGCGUCAAUGCCUCGUUUAGGUCUUUGAGAAAUUGCCCCAACACAACCGGUCUCGAUGGCUCUGUGGUAGAAGAAAAAAGAUAUUUAAAUACAUUCUUAUCUCAAACUUCUGAUGUCCAGAAUGCACACAGUGAAGACAUUUUAGUCUCGGCCAAUGACCAAAUGGCUGUUGAUGAAUCUGAAACCACUGUGGAUAAAACAGAACUCAUGCAAAACAUUUGUGAAGUAUCUGCUAAUAUUGUUAGAGCUUUUGAGGAUAGCCCAGUUUCACCCCAACAAGAGGUCAUGGAGGUUGAUGAUGGGAGAGAGAUGGAGAAAAGCAUUGAAGUGGAUCAGAUGAUGGAAACAACUUCACAAGCUCCAAGUGAGAUUGCAACAGAUGACAUCCCAGCUCAGAAACCUUGUGUUGUUGACUGUAAACUGAAAGAUGAGAUCCCAGCUCAGAAAGCUUGUGUUGUCAACAGUAAACUGAAAGACAUCAAAGAAGCCUUGACCCUGUCUGGGAUGCUGGACAAGGCCAUCGCCAAUCAAGUCAAGAUUAAGCGAGCUGAGAUAAUUCUACCCAAACACGACAGCAUCUUAAACAUCAAGCAGGCAGGUCUAGUGGCCAACAGCAUCAAGCAC